AUGAAUUGCUUCGCAGCCCUGAAACUUGCGUGUGCUGCUGCAGCGGGCAAGCGCAGCCGCAACAGCAAAUGGGACGACAAGUCGGCGGCCUCCUGCGCGACUGAGUGGGGAAAGAAGUGGCGGACCAUCCUUCAGGAUGUGCUGCCUGGUGCUGAGGCCGCUACUCGUGCUGACAGCGACCCGGAGGUGCAGAAGCUCUGCAUGGUGCUUUGGAAGGACAUCGUGUCUUGGGUUGGUGAGGACUUUCUGCGGCACCUGCGUCUUUUCCAGGCCAGUGACGCAGGUGGUGGAAUUGAUGACAGCACGAAGUGGGCAUUUGUGCCUGCUGUGGACCUGCUGCUCUUGGUCGGUGAGGGCCUGGUUGGCUGCGCUGCGGAAGGCUGCUUUGUUCAAUCCGACUCUACAACCACCAGGAAGCCUUUUCUGGAUGCCCUCAAGAACUGGCGCUCGAGUCUGCGCAAGAGUCGCGAGCAGGGCCAAACCAGCACAGCGGACUCCGCUGUGAAACUUUGGAAGUCAAAGAGGGCCAGUGAAAAGGAGUCGGAAGGAGCCUCCAAGAAGUUGAAAACAGCUCAGGAAAAGGAUAAGGAAGGCCCUGAGGAAGGCCAGGCGAAGCUGAACCGCUCACCUACAAAGGUCUUGCUCUUGACAAAUGUGGCGCCCUCCAGUGAGUCAGAGGAGGCCAUAAAGGCCAGAGUGGAGGAGUGGGUGAAGAAGUUUGGCCGCAUCAAGGAGUGCCUGGUCGUCAGGGUACCCGGCGUUCCAGAGGAGGAUGCGAUCCGAGCCUUCGUGGUCUUCGAUACCAUUAAGACCUCAUCAAAGGCUUAUGCAUCUCUGAGGGGGCAGGUGAUGGAUGGGCGGCCUCUGCGAGCCCGCUUCUACGACGAGAAACGCUUCCAGGACGGUGAGCUCUACAAGGCCAUCCCGUCGCCCACGCUGGUGCUCACGAGCAUGGUUCGCCCUGAAGAGGUGGAUGGCGGCCUCCAGGACGAAGUGGAAUACCUGGCUAAGCAACACGGCAAGCUAUGUCGGUGCGUCAUCAAAACUUUAUCUGACCUUCCGGCAGAGGAGUCUGUGCGAAUCUUUCUGGAGUUCAGCACUGUGGACGAGGCCGUGAAAGCGCAAGCUGCGCUUCAUGGCCAGGACUUUGGUGCGCGUCGCAUCAAGGCGAGAUACUUCAACGAGCCCCGGCUGCCUGGCGAGUAG